GACAGAGGUGGCGGAGGGAAUCUUAGAGCCCCAGGAGUCCCUGAAGUUAAACUUUAACCAGACCUGUGUUCAGAGUCCACUGCUGCAUCGACUGUGGGCCUCUGCUGUUCUCUGCUGCCUCGCAGGCUCACAGGAGAUUCACAUCGAUGAAAAAACUGUCAGCCCCCACCUCAGCCUGUCAGAAGACAAGAAAACCCUGACCUUCAGCCCCAAGAAAGCAAAGGUGGACUUGGACUGCCCCAAGCGGUUUGACCACUGGCCCAACGCUUUGGCUGCUGCAGCUUUCCACUCGGGAGUCUGCGCGUGGAAGAUCAGCGUGGAGAAGAGCUGCGCCUACAAGCUGGGGGUUUGCUACAGCUCCCUGCCACGGAAGGGGUCCAGCAACGAAGCCCGCCUGGGCUUCAACGCUGCUUCCUGGGUCUUCUCGCGCUACGACAAGGAGUUCAGGUUCCUGCACGCGGGGCAGCCGCAGGCGGUGGAGCUGAUCAAGGCUCCGGCCGAGAUCGGGGUGCUGGUUGACUUUGCGGGAGGGGAGGUGCUCUUUUAUGACCCCGAUUCCUGCACCAUCCUCUUCUCCCACAGGGAGACCUUCGUGGAGCCCCUCUAUCCCGUCUUUGCUGUGGCCCACCAGAGCAUCUCGCUUGUCCAGUGA